AUGUUGCCUACAUUUUGUCGAGUGACGGGCAACAGCCGCAACCUGCCCAAACCCAACUAUUUCCCCCUGUUGCCGCCCAUUUCGCCCGUCGAGGCUCGCCGGAUAUGUCGACUGAUGGGUAAAUCUGUUGGCAGCUCUGAAGAGGAACUCCGCCACACGUACGUUCCUUUGAUUGAAUUUGCUCGCAUCUCUAAAGCCGUUAAAUGUCACAUAACGAGUCACGCCGACGACCAACAUCACUACCAGCAGACAGCCGCGGGAAACAACGGGCUAUCGGAGAAGUGCCGCAUCACGGCCAAACAUCAAAUCAACGAGUCAUACAAAUACCUUUACCCCAUCAUCGGAGCUAAAGAUGCCAAUCUCAAGCAACUCAAAUCCAUACUGGACAGAAUGGGCAGUCGGCUGGACACUUUGACUUUCCAGCCGGGCCAGCGAUUCGUCUACCAAUUGGAUGAAAAUCACUUGAAUUUAGUCCUGCCGGCCGACAUGGAAGCGGCCGUCCGUCGCGGUGAGAUUGAGAACCUUCUCCUAGCCAAAGAUGGAUCCAGCGUCCUCAUUCGGCUCAAAGACGGGCCCAGUUUGACCCUGAAUCUACGACCCAUGACUCUGCCCGUUCCCAACGACAUGCCGCCACUGCUUGAGGGAGGCGGUCAAGACGACGAAAUCCUGGCGAAGCAGCGACAAAUUCGACAGUACAAGAAGCGAAAAAUAUCCGAUCCGAAAAAGAAUAGCGUCUUGUCGCCAACUGCGUCACCCCCGCCGGAAGAAUCCGAACAAGAGCAAGUGAUUAUUGCAGACUGGACCGACCGGAUGGACAAAAUCACGGCAUACCACCGCAGUGCGGCCAAUUUGCUGACUAUUGGCACCGACUGGCGUGAGCUUCUGUAUCCGAAAAUCGACAACUGGGACUUUGAAUCUCUGCCAGCUAUUAAAGAAGAAGACCUGCCCGAUUUGCCAGUCCGGAAUUUCCAGCCCGUACAGCUGCCUGCUAACACUAUGUCACCUGGUCUCAUCCUCUCGAAUCAAGUUCCUAUUUUGAACGAAGAGUCUGUCGGGUUUGAAGCUGUGCCAGUCUUCGAUGAAGUCAUCCGACCGUUUAAGGGAAAACUUCCAGCCAAUUUCGUACAAGAGCUGGACAAGAUCACGGCCACGAAAGAUUCGUCGUCCACCAGCCAGUUGAAAGAUCUUUUCAGCGACGUCGAAUCGCUGAUGUUCCUACCUUUCAUUCACGAAGUGGGAACCGUUAUGACAGCGCUGGAACGCGGCAGAAAGGGAUGGAUGGUACGCAGCGAGCAGGACGGGGUCCGUUUCGUCGCCACUCAGCCCGUGGUGAAGAACGAAGAUAAAAUCCGAGCUGUAGGAGGUAUGAUGGUGCCGGUUGGUGAAAAUGAAGAGCGUUUCGUGGUGGGCCAGCAGUCCAACACCGGAUUCGUGCCGGGAAAGAUGGUAGGAGAAAAUUUCCAGCCCGGAUGUAUCGUUCAAAAUCCAGAGGGAGUCGGAUUUCUUCCAGGCUACACAUUUGAUGGUAAAUUUUCUGCUGGGCAAAUUAUGAGAGACGGCAAGUUGUCCCAAUUCGUAAAUGGUCAAGCCGUCCAGACACUUUUUGGUCCGAAAUUUUUACCCGGAAGGACGAUUCAAACGGACGGAGAAGGAUUGAAAUUCGUCGCUGGACAAACUUCGUCUGUAGAUAACAAAUUCCACGUUGGACAGAUAUUUCAAACAGUUAACGGCCCAAUGUUCAUUAGCGGCGUUACUUUUGAUACUCCGCAAGGCGCUCGUUUCGUUGCUGGACAGGUGGACAUGGACGGCCAAUUUUCAGCUGGACAGGUCUUGAUGGACGGUCCCAACGGCACGCCAGAAUUUACGAUGGGUGAAAAUGUAGAAACAGCUGACGGCCCACUGUUUCUUGCUGGCCAAAGUUACAAGACAAAGGAUGGACGAACACGAUUUUGCCCGGGUCGUCAAAUGGUCCUUGAGGAUGGCCAAAAGCGAUUCGUUCCGGGUGAGACGAUGUUAACGAAAGAGGGAACGCAAUUCGUUGCGGGAAUCUUAGCGGAGGAGAGAUUCGUCCCGUGCAAAAUUGACGCGACCCAAAACAACCAAUUGCUGUUGGCCGCCAAAGAAGAGGAAGUUUUCUUCCGCACGGGAGUGAGCGACGGCCUGCCCAUCGACAACAGCACGUUCACUGCAAUGCCUAGGAAGAAACCGGACAUGGGUUACAUGAUCCAAGUUGAUGAGAAAGUCAAAUUUCUGCCCACCGAGCAAGGCCAUGACGAGUUGAUGGUUGGAACCGCCAACGCUGAAGACGUCAAAGUGGUACCUGGCCAGCUGAUGGAAAUGGACGACACCCCGAAAUUCAUACCUGGAAAAUCAAUAGAAUCUGCACUCGGCAGCAUCUUUAUCCCUGGCCAAGCGGUGAGGACUGGUCCCAGCAAAAUUGAGCAGUUUGUGCCUGGCCAAGUCAUUGAUACUGGAACCUCGAAAUCAGUUGAAGGUUUCACAGGACCCAUCUUCUGUCCAGGUCAAAUGGUCAACUGUGAAAGUGGCAAGAAAUUCGUACCUGGACAAGUAUUUGGUAGUAAAACUGGUCCUCGAUUCGUGCCGGGCAAGAUUUUGCUGAGUCCGUCGGGCGCUAGCACCUUUAUUCCGGGUCAGGUACUCUACAGUAGUGACCGUGGCUCGGUUUUCGUUCCUGGCAAUAUUGUGGAUACAAAUGCGGGCCCUUACUUUGUGCCUGGCCGAGUUGUCGACUUGCCCAACGGUGGCAUUAAAUUUUUGGCUGGCGAGAUGAUCGAGACAGACACUGGACCUCGCUAUGUAACGGAACACGAAACUGAUUUGGACUUGUUGGAUGAAACGGAAGACCAGAAAGAAAUCGUCGUUCAGGGUUUCCCCGUGACACCCGAGGAGUUGCGCCUUAUCACAGCCUAUCCAUUUGCCGCGUUGCACUACCCGUUAAAAGAUGGGGAAUCCAUCAUUAACUCGCGCAUGUUGAGACAAAUGGCUGCAGCUGGAAUAGCCGUCAGCAAGUUAACCAACAACCCCAACGCUAACAAUAAUAGUGGAGACGUCAAGGUCGUGGCACCAAAAGACAUUGACGAAUCGAUUUUGGGCGCAAACGUGUUCCGAACGACCGAACCAGAGCUACCCAAACCGAAAAAAAAAGUUGCUCCCGUUAUUCUUGGCGACAAACUGCCCGAAAAAACCAAAGUGCUGGAGGCAGAGCCUCUCAAAUUAGCGGUGAAGGUUGAAGGCGAUCCCCCGCCCGACGUAAAAUGGUUCAAGGAUCCUCCCGGACAAGAGGUAGUUUCCGACGAGAGGACCAACAUUACCUUGUCGUCUGAAGGUAUGGCUGAAUUGGAAAUCAACUCUGCCGACCCAGAAAAGGAUUCAGGAAAAUAUACAAUGGUGGCCGUGAACGAGACGGGUCAAGUCACUUGCGAGACAACUGUCGACGUCCAAAAGAAAAGCCAAGAGCCAACUCUUUUAGGUGAAAAAUUACCCGUCGACACCAAAGUAAUGGAAGGAGAGCCCUUGAAAUUGAAAAUUUCAAUUGGUGGCAAUCCUCUGCCGGAUGUCAAAUGGUACAAGGAUCCGCCUGGUACGGAAUUGAUUCCGGAUGAGCGCAUGACCAUCAAAUUAUCUUUGGACGGCACUGCAGAACUCGAAAUCGCCUCUGCCGAUUCAACUUGUGACUCUGGUCAGUAUAAAAUGGUAGCUGUCAAUCCAACUGGCCAGUUAGUUGCUCAGACUAAUGUCAAAGUUGAGAAGAAACCCAAGAAAGCCACAAUCGAAGAAGGUCUCCCUGCCAAAAUGACGACAUAUCAAGGCCAGCUUUUGAAACUUUCAGCCAAAGUUAGCGGUCAUCCUCCGCCGGAUGUCAAAUGGUACAAAGAUCCUCCUGGCAAUCAGAUCAUUCCCGAUGAGAGAACGACUAUUGAAUUGCUACCGGACGGAACCGCCACAUUAGAAAUUGCUUCAGUCGAUCCAGCAAAAGAUUCCGGCCAGUAUAAAAUGGUCGCGGUGAAUGCGACGGGCCAAGCUACAAGCCAAACUGCUGUGGAAGUUUCGAAAAAGCCGAUGAAGGCUACAGUCGACGAGAACUUGGCCUCUUCCGUGAUUGCGUAUCACGGUGAUCCGCUAAAAUUAAAAUUAAAAGUCAGCGGAAAUCCCUUGCCAAGCGUCAAAUGGUUCAAAGAUGACAAAGAACUGGUUUCCAACGAUCGUAUAGACAUCAAGUUGUCACCGGACGGAACGGCAGAGCUGGAAAUCGCUUCAGCUGACUCGUCUAAAGACUCCGGCCAAUACAAAAUGGUGGCUGUAAAUGCCACCGGUCAAUGUACUAGCCAAACGACCGUCGAUGUUCAAAAGAACAAACCUAAGAAAGCCACAAUAGAAGAGAACCUUGCGUCAUCGUUGACGACUUAUCACGGCGAUCCAAUGAAGUUGAAGAUAAAGCUUGGCGGAUUCCCACUUCCGGAUGUGAAAUGGUUCAAAGAUGACAAAGAACUUAUUUCGAGUGAGCGAAUAAUUAUGAAAUUGACACCGGACGGAACUGCGGAACUAGAAAUCCCUUCGGCCGAUUUAGUUAAAGAUCCAGGCCAAUACAAAAUGAUCGCAGUCAAUGCACUAGGUCAAGUGACUGCCCAAACUAUCGUCCAAGUCCAGAAGAAAGAUGAAGCGCCGGCUCUUGAAGGCAACAAACUUCCGACGGAAACAAAAGUAAUGGAGACGGAACCGCUCCAAUUGUCCGUCAAACUUAGUGGACAUCCUCUACCGGAAGUCAAAUGGUACAAAGAUCCUCCGGGUAGUGAAAUCGUUUCCAGCGAUCGGGUGGACAUCAAAUUGCUACCAGAUGGAACGGCAAAAUUAGAAAUCGCCUCCGCAGAUUCAGCCACUGACUCCGGGCGAUACAAAAUGGUUGCCGUUAAUUCAAUGGGUGAAGUAAUUAGCGAAACGGCCGUUCAUGUUGAGAAAAAACCAAAGAAGGCCACAAUCGAAGAAGCCCUACCGGAAAAAGUAACGACUUUCCAGGGACAGCUUUUGAAACUUUCAGCUAAAGUUAGCGGACAUCCUCCGCCGGAAGUCAAAUGGUACAAGGAUCCGCCAGGCAGUGAAUUGGUUACCGAUGAGAGAACGACUGUUGAAUUGCUACCGGACGGAACCGCCAAAUUAGAAAUUUCUUCGGUCGAUCCAGCAAAAGAUUCCGGCCAGUAUAAAAUGGUAGCGGUAAAUGCGACGGGUCAAGUAACCAGUCAAAGUGCCGUCGAAGUCUCAAAGAAACCAAUGAAAGCCACUAUUGACGAGAGUUUGGCGUCUUCAGUGAUUGCGUAUCACGGUGAUCCGCUAAAAUUAAAGGUCAAAGUCAGCGGCAACCCUUUGCCUAGUGUCAAAUGGUACAAAGGUGACAAAGAACUGGUUUCGACUGAGCGGAUAGAAAUCAAAUUGUCGCAAGAUGGAACUGCGGAACUCGACAUAGCCUCGGCGGAUUCGGAAAUAGACUCCGGAGUGUAUAAGAUGGUGGCCAUCAAUGAAACGGGCCAAAGUGUUUGCGAGACGGCCGUCGACGUCCAGAAAAACAAACCAAAGAAAGCUUCGAUCGAAGAAAACUUGUCCGCAUUGGUGACAGCCUAUCACGGAGAACCGUUAAAAUUAAAGGUCAAAGUCAGUGGCCAUCCUCUUCCAGAUGUGAAAUGGUAUAAAGGAGAAAAGGAACUGAAGACCACUUCGCGUAUGAAAAUCAGAUUAUCGCCGGAUGGAAUAGCUGAAUUUGAAAUCCCAUCGGCCGAUUCGGCUAAAGAUUCAGGCCAGUAUAAAAUGGUGGCUGUGAACGCAAGUGGGCAAGUCACCAGCCAAUCCAUCGUCGAUGUCCAAAGAAAUAAACCAAAGCAAGUCACUAUCGAUGAGGCUCUGUCUUCAUCAGUCAUCGCCUUUCACGGAGAGCCGCUAAAGCUAAAGCUGAAAUUGUCUGGCUUUCCUUUGCCAGACGUGAAAUGGUUCAAAGAUGAAAAAGAACUGACUGCUAACGAGCGCAUGCAAAUUAAGUUGUCAGCGGACGGAACAGCGGAAUUUGAAAUCGCUUCUGCAGAUUUUGCAAAAGACUCCGGAGAAUACAAAAUCGUCGCCGUAAAUCCAAUGGGUCAAGUCACAAGUCAAACUUUAGUCGACAUUCAAAAGAAAACUGAAGCUCCAACUAUCGUGGGGGAUAAACUCUCUGCAGAAACAAAGGUGAUGGAGACGGAGCCGUUGCACUUAAAAGUGCAAGUGGGUGGCAAUCCGCUGCCGGAUGUCAAAUGGUACAAAGAUCCUCCUGGCCAUGAGUUGUUUCCCGAUGAGCGGAUGACUAUUAAAUUAUCACCGGACGGUACUGCUGAGCUCGAAAUCGCCUCAACUGAUUCAACAUGCGAUUCGGGUGAGUAUAAAAUGGUUGCCGUGAAUCCCACGGGCCAGCUAACGUCCCAGACAAAGGUCAAUGUCGAAAAGAAACCAAAGACAGCCACGAUUGACAGCGAUCUACCACCAAAGAUUACUGCAUACCAAGGACAAAUGCUUAAAUUAACGGCCAAGGUGAGUGGUCAUCCUUUGCCAGUUGUCAAAUGGUAUAAGGGCGAUCCACCUGGAAAAGAACUGGUUAAUGAUGAGCGGACGACAAUCAGAUUGCUGGAGUACGGAACUGCCGAACUUGAAAUUAUGUCGGUUGACCCAGACAAGGAUGCUGGCCAGUAUCGAAUGGUGGUUAUAAACUCUUUGGGUGAAGUUAGCACUAAAACUGUCGUCCACGUCUCCAAGAAACCGAAGAAAGCCACAAUCGACGAGGCUCUUUCAUCGUUGAUGAUAGCCUAUCACGGUGAAUUGCUUCAACUUAAACUGAAAAUUAGUGGCAAUCCGCUACCUGACGUUAAAUGGUACAAAGACGACCAAGAAUUAACUUCUGAUGAGCGCAUAGCUAUCCAAUUGCUACCUGACGGAACCGCAGAAUUGAACAUUGCUUCUGCCGAUUCGGCCCAAGAUUCUGGCAAUUAUAAAAUAGUCGCCGUGAAUGCAACUGGCCAAGUAACCAGUGAAACAACCGUCGACGUCCAAAGGUAUAAACCCAAAAAAGCAACUAUCGAAGAGAACUUGGCAUCAUCGGUCAUCGCUUUCCACGGCGAACAAAUGAAACUCCAGUUAAAGUUGAGUGGCCAUCCUCUACCGGACGUCAAAUGGUUUAAAGAUGACAACGAAUUAUUUGCUACAGAGCGAAUAAUUAUGAAACUCUUACCGGAUGGAACGGCAGAACUGGAAAUUCCUUCAGCCGAUUCAGCCCAAGAUUCAGGACAAUACAAAAUGGUUGCUGUGAAUGCGACCGGGCAAGUGACGAGCCAAACCAAUGUCGAUGUCCAAAAGUGCAGGCCAAAGGAAGCCACAAUCGACGAAGCGCUGUCGGAAUCGUUAGUUGCAUACCAUGGACAGCAAAUGAAACUCUCACUUAAAAUCAGCGGACACCCUCUCCCAGAAGUGAAAUGGUUCAAAGACGGGAAAGAACUGAAGGCUAAUGAGAGGAUGACCAUUAAAUUAUCUUCGGACGGAACUGCAGAACUUGAGAUCGCCUCGGCUGAUGCAGCCAAAGACUCUGGACUCUACAAAAUGGUUGCGGUGAAUCCAAUGGCUCAAGUUACCAGCCAGACAGCCGUCGACGUCCAACAUAAAACCGAAGCACCGGUACUUCUGGGUGAUAAAUUGCCUGUAGAAACUAAAGUGGUCGAAGACGACACGUUACGAUUGAGUGUCAAAGUUGGCGGUAAUCCAUUGCCGGACGUUAAGUGGUUCAAAGACGGCCAAGGAAUUGUUGCCGACGAGCGGACGGAGAUCGAGUUGCUUUCGGAUGGAACUGCAAAAUUGGAAAUUGCCAAAGCAGAUCCGGUGAAAGAUGCUGGAGUUUACAAAAUGGUGGCCAAAAACGCCACCGGUCAAAUUACCAGUCAGACUACAGUUAACGUCGAGGAAAAAUUAAAGGAGGCUAAAAUCGAGGAAGCUCUGUCAUCUAAAAUGACGGCAUUCCAGGGACAGCCAAUUAAACUAAAUUCUAAAGUUUCUGGCAAUCCUUUGCCGGACGUGAAAUGGUACAAGGAUGGCAAUGAACUCACUCCUGAUGAACGAACGACUGUAACAUUGCUACCGGACGGAACUGCAGCAUUAGAAAUCACUUCCGCAGAUGCAGCUGUAGAUUCCGGACAGUAUAAAAUGGUGGCCGAGAAUCCGUUAGGUCAAGAUACCAGCGAGACUGCGGUUCGGGUCACGAAGAAACCCAAAAAAGCCACGGUCGACGAGGAACUGUCCUCUACAGUAACAGCCUACCACGGCGACCCAAUGAAAUUGAAAGUCCGAGUAAGUGGCAAUCCUUUACCGGAAGUGAAGUGGUACAAAGAUAACGAAGAACUCAUCCCCGACGAGCGAUUGGACAUCAGAUUAUUAGCGGAUGGAACUGCAGAAAUCGAAAUUGCUUCAGCGGAUUGUGUCACCGAUUCUGGCCUGUACAAAAUGGUCGCAAUAAAUCCGACGGGACAAAGUACCAGCCAAACUACUGUCGAUGUUAAGAGGUAUAAGCCAAAGUUACCGACGAUCGACGAGACCCUACCGCCUUCAGUAACUGCUGUCCAGGGACAACCGCUUAAGCUGUCUGGAAAAGUAAGCGGCCACCCCAAACCGGAGGUGAAAUGGCUGAAAGACGGCCGACUCAUUCGAUCUGGCAACGCCACCAUGUCUCAUUUGCCGGACGGAACUGUAUCUUUAGAAAUCAAAUCUGCCAAGACGGAAGACGCUGGUAGAUACACCCUGUCGGUGCUGAACGAACUGGGUGAAAAUGAAUGCGACACGGACGUCGCAAUCCAGGCACUCCCGGCGGAGCCACCGGUUCAGCGAGACUUCAUGUCCGACCCGUUGAUCCUCGACUUUUUCAAGCGCAUCAAAACUGAUUUGGAAUCGGUGGAAAAUGAUCCGUACAUCAGGGAGACUUUGGAAGCGGCCGAGACUCUUGCGCAGACUGGUGGCCGACAAGAUUUAGCCAGUACCAUCCGCACCUUGCUGGACAUUCUCAAAAACACGGAACGCGAUCCGGAAGUCGUCGAACUCAUUUUCGGAGUCCUCCGUUCGAGACAAAGUAAAAAACCUCCCAGUGGAGCAGACACAUCAGCAUUGCACGGAUUGUUGGGCAGGGCCUUGACAAAUAAAUUGGGAUGGGCAAAAUCGCCUAUUGGUGCUGAUGUUCCUGGCUCCAUUCAAACUAAAACUUUGGAUCUCAAAGGUUUAGACGGCCAGAACGCAUAUCAAAAUGGAUGCAAAUCUCCGAUCGACGAAGCUAAAAUGAUCGACAAAUGGCAAUAUUUGAAUGGCCCUGUCGAUAACAGCAUCAACAACAGCAACACCAACAGCGGUCGGUUGCGUAAAAUUUCAGCUGAAAGGCGCCAUCCGCGUCGGGUGACGUCACGUAGUUCUUCUUUCGCUCGCAAUAUGGACCUAUCUGAAGAAGCUAGCGACGAUCCAGAUCUCGAAGAAUCCGAAUUGGGUAUCAAUGCUGCUCCUAGAGUUUUCGAUCCCAACAACCCGAUCCCUACCGUCAUCAACAGCGCCAAAGAUAUUUCGCACUAUGUAAUCGACACUUUGCGUUACUCUCGCGACGAGGCUAAAAAGGAAUACUACACACAGAAAAUUAUGGAAGCGGUGGGUCUCAGCUAUUCAGGCCCUCGGUCGUCCAGUAACGAAUCGGACGACGGAUGGAAAUCCGCACCAGCGUCACGCAAAUCCAGCAACAAUCCAUCGCGCAAGACUUCGCAAAACUCUCCCGCUUCGGCCUGCAUUAUUUUGAAGGAUUUCUUGCAGACCAUCGUGCCAGCAGAGGCGGCCCACAAUGUACUGAUCGGCCAAAUCGAUUACAUGAUCAUCGAUGACGAAGGAGUGCGGUACUUUGAAUCGGCUCAUGGGUUCGCCAGCCGCCGUAAUAGCCGAUACGAUAUUCGCCUGGCGGCCCAGGAAACCCUGAAGGCCAAUCGAUCACGUAGUGGAAGCGUGGAGCCAACAAACACCGCUAUAAACGAAGAUGCAGCAGCCGCACAGGGGCCUUGGCCUUGGGCCGAUGUUGGGCCGCGUUCCCGCCGUGCCAGCAUCGACGAAUUCCGCAAAAGAUUGCUGGAACAGGACGCCACGAUUUCAAGCAAAGCUCGGCGCAGUUCCAGUCGGGAGCGCCCACCUUCCGGUAGCUUCCAUUCGAUCCAUCAACAGCAUGGGCGACACUCGGUGGCAGCUUUCCCUCUCAGCCGCACAAGCAGCAGUGGCUACGUUUCACCCAUGGCGUCGGCUAGGAGCCGAAGAGGCAGUUUGGCAGAGGAUUACUGCGCUCUGUAUGGAUUAAAUGCCGCCGGAGCCGCCAACGCGGCUCUCCUUCGCAAGCGCAAAGUAGGAACAGCCGGAACGAUGGACGUAGCGGGCAACACCAUCAGCAGCAAUCGAACGAAAAGAUUUAGUCAAGCAUCUUUCGAUGAGUCUUAUUAAUGGAUCCCUUGAAAAAAAAAAUUGCUGUUGAUUCUUUUUGCUGUUGUCGUUUGUAUACGAAUUUCUAUUCUCGAUUGAUCAUCACUUUUGAUUUUUUGGGAUGGCAAGGAAAAAAAGGAAAAAAAUGAUCCUAACGUUAAUGGAUAAAUAUCUGACAAGCUCCCUGCCUAAAGUCCUGCCACAAAAUCUGACGAGUUGUUUCUUUUGAUUUUAUGUCAGGUUUGAUUACGAGUGUGAUUUUUUUUCGUUACAUUUUUUGUUUUGAUCUUGGGGUUGUUGUUGAAUUUGAAAUUGUUGACACCAAAAAGAGGGGAGGAACGCACAAUAAGGAAACGGAAAAUAAAAUUGGAAACGGUGUUCCUCACAUUUGAUGACCCACUUCAAUGAUGAUACUGAAUUAAUUGGUCAUGUAGUGUGGUAUUUUUCAGUACGAUAGUGUUUUUUGAAAAUAGCCUCAUGUCCCUUCAAAUUGAAUUUUUUGUAGUUAUUUCGUGUUAGUGAAUCCACGGUGUUUGCUGUGUAUAGAAUUGUACCUCUCCACCCGUCAUUCACACAAUUGGUAAAUCCCCCUGAUUCCUGCUUGAUCGUGUAAAUAUAAUCGACACGUUUUAACUGAAAACAAGUAAAAAAAAAUCAAAGCGGAGUCUUUUUUCAUCCCUAGUGAAUAAUAAUCUAAUCUAAAUUUUUUAGGAGAUAGAUAAAACAUAAAUGAAUCCAUCAAUCAAAUCAAGUGCGCUGUGCACCGCUCAAUAAUACACCUCAAUGAAAACCACAAA